AUGGCGCUAGUUUGGCUAGCCUUUUCUCUACUUGCUGUCUGCGCCUCCGCCAACCACCUAGAAGCAGGCGCCGCUCCAAGUCCAGACGGAUAUUCCGACUACACUGACUACGCCACAACCGGUAUCCCAGGGACGCGUAGGGACCAGCUAGCAAGCUAUGGGCUAGAUGAGCCACCGCUGCCACAGUAUUCUCCACUCGGCGCCCCGUCGGCUGGGCCCUACGCUCCCCAAGGUCAGUACCCAGGCGUAGCUCCUCAGUACAGCCCGUAUGCCCAGCCCGGUCUCCCAGUCGGUGGUCCGGGGCAAUAUCUGACAGCACCCCCGGGAGGUCCUGCCCAGCAAUAUGGAGGUGUCCUGGGUGUCUCCCCGACCGGACAAUACCAGGGUCUACCUGCCGUAGGUCAGUACCAAGGACUCCCGGCGGGCCCCGCUCCCGGUGGUUACAACGCCGGCGGACAGAUCCCAGGAGUCAGCUACGGAGGUUUGCCAGGAAGCUUUGGAACCCCACAGUUCACAGGCGGGGCACCUGCUGGUGUUCCCGGGGUAGUCCCCAGUCCCACGCAAUACACGGGCGGCGCACAGUACGGCCAAAUCCCAGCAAAUGGCGGCGGGUAUACUGCCAACCAACCUAUCAAUACAGUACAGGGCCCUUACCAAGGCGCGGUGCCAAGUUAUAACACCCCACAGGGCCCCCCUCAAGGCCAGUAUCUCGGCUCCCAAACUCCCUAUGGCGGAAAUCAGGGUAGUAUUCCAGGUUUGUACACGGGAUCUAUAACAGGGGGUCAGGGUGGAUAUGGUAGCGUGCCCGCCUACAACGGCGGUCAGGCUGUAGCUCCUGUCUAUAAUGGCGGCCAGGGGGCUUUGACAGGCUCCCCUAACUACAAUUUGGGCGGCCAAGGUCAGUUUACCGGCGCUCCGACUUACAAUGGCGGUCAAGGCACAUUUACAGGCGCUCCCAGUUAUACAGGAGGCCAGGGUUCCUACACGGGCGUACCAAGCUACACAGGCGGGCAAGGUACUUUGACUGGUUCUCCAAAUUACAAUGGCGGCCAAGGUUCUUACACAGGCACUCCAACUUAUAAUGCUGGACAACAAGGCCAAUAUACAGGCACUCCGAGCUACAAUGGCGGACAAGGCACCCUUACAGGCACACCCACUUUAAUUGGCGGACAAGGGUCUUACACGGGCGGACCAAGCUACACGGGCGGGCAAGGUACUUUAACUGGUUCUCCAAAUUACAACGGUGGCCAAGGCACCCUUACAGGCAACCAGGGGCAAUACAACACUGGCGUCCCUAACUACAAUGGUGGUCAAGUCCCAAGUUACACCGGAGGUCAAGGCCAGUACACAAACACACCAAGCUACAACGGCGGCCAGGGCACGUUAACCGGUACCCCAAAUUAUAAUGGUAAUCAAGGUACCUUGACUGGAUCCCCCAGCUAUACUGGCGGCCAAGGCUCGUACACUGGAGGCAAUAGCUACACGGGAAACCCAACGAGCAAUUACGGCAACAGCGGGCAGAUCGGUGGUGGCUAUCAACGGCCUGUCGCCAAGUACAACAGUCCCAGUCCGAUCUACAGUCGCAGUCCCUAUGGCGUACAGACUCAGAACGGAUACAGCCCGUACGCUGCGUACACCGGCGCCUACAGUAAUCUCCCAGGAGCAGCACCGCGUACAAAUACGUACACUUUAAACAACGUGAAACCGUCUCAGUUUACACAGACUGGCUUAGGAAACAACUUUAACCCAGCUCCGCCUGGCACUCCUAUCUAUAACGGCGUCCCUGUUCUCCAGAACAAUGGCUCCCCUUCUAACACACCCUCUGGGACAUCGUCCAGCAGUUAUUCACCGAACAACGUGGGCGGAAGUCAAUCCAGUCUGUACGGUAAUCAGAACAGUUACUCAAACCCCAGCACCAAUUAUGGAACCAGUCCAUACGGCCAACAGAACAGCAAUCAAGGACGAUAG